AUGUCGAGUCCAGGCCUGGAUGUCGGUCAUUCACGGAAAUGUGUGGCCUUUUGCGAUGCUGGGAGUGAAGAGGUGCAUAUAGCGGAUGAAUGGGAUAGAACGCCUUCGGAGCCUGCUCGCAGUCUGUCAUACCAGGACAUGCUGGAGCUCAAGGCCAUUCAACGGACACUGCCAAGAGCAAAUCAAUUGCCUGAUAUGUACACUGGCAAACCCGCAUCGCAAUUCCUCUCUUCAUCUCCGACAUAUACACGGCAACCUUCCGAGCAACGGACUUCAUAUUUUCCAUCGUCAAGUCCUCCACCCAAUAAAACAAAGAAAUUUGCUUUUCUGCCUUUACUAGAAACUCCACCGACGACUCCACGUUCACCGCCAUCUCCAGCGCCUACUACCAACACCGGUCAUGCGCCAUUUUUCCAUGUACCACCGUCGAAUCGAAAUAAUGCACCCCCGGACCGAAACCCUGCUAUGAAGGCCUUUAAGCUAGAGGCCGUAGCUUCUCCCGGGCUUCCUCCACCUUCUCCGCUAUCCCUAGAUUCUCCUCACGCCUCGAGCUCGAGAAAUGCCCCAGUCAACAACAACCUACUUGGUUCGGCGAAGCCUAUUCGUCGCCGAAAUGUCAUGUACAUCAAUGGCCAGGAAAUCGAUUUGGACGAAGAGGAAGACGAGCAGCCGCAGACAACUGCUGCCGAAGAGACUAUCCGUCCAGAAUUAGUCUCUUGUUCCUUUCGUUCCCGCCGCUCGCGAUCGAUAUCCGAGGUUUCAUUGAAACAAGAGAAGUUUUCGCCUUCACCACCUAUACCCAUUGUAGCCCCCAUACCCACACCCCAGAAAGCUCCGUCACCCUCGAGCUCGCCCAUAUCAUUAUCACCGCUUAAGAUUCACUCUUCCUCCCCUGCACAAUCACGUCCGUCCGUCCGCUCUCCGCCCACGACAAACUCGUUCGCACCUAUAAAGGUCGUUCGAGCUACGAGGGACAAUACGAAUCCAAGUAACCUCGUAUCGCUCUCGUCGUCGUGGCGCAGGUCUCCAAGCCCGCGGACGAGUCCAGUACUGGUUCCUCUUGCUUAA